AUGGGCCACGCGCUCUGCGCCUGCGCGCGGGGCAGCCUCAGCAUCGAGGGGCAGCGCUACCUGCUGCUGCAGCGCCUGGGGGAGGGGGGCUUCAGCUACGUGGACUUGGUGGAGGGGCUGCAGGACGGCCGUUUCUAUGCCCUGAAGCGCAUCCUGUGCCAUGACAAGGAGGACCGGCAGGAAGCCCUGCACGAGGUGGAGAUGCACGGCCUCUUCGAGCACCCCAACAUCCUGCGGCUCGAGGCGCACUGCAUGGUGGAGAAGGGGCCCAAGCACGAGGCCUGGCUGCUGCUGCCCUUUCUCAGGAGAGGGACCCUGUGGAGCGAGGUGGAAGCUCUGCGAGACAAAGGCACCUUCCUGCCUGAGGAGCGGAUUGUCCCCAUUCUCCUUGGCAUCUGCCGGGGGCUGCAGGCCAUUCAUGCCAAGGGCUAUGCGCACAGAGACCUGAAGCCCACCAAUGUGCUGCUGGAUGACGAGGAGCAGCCAGUGCUGAUGGACCUGGGCUCCAUGAACCGGGCCCGCAUCGAGGUCAAGAGCUCCCGGGAGGCCAUGGCUUUGCAGGACUGGGCGGCUCAGCGCUGCACCAUCUCCUACCGGGCACCUGAGCUCUUCACGGUGGAGAGUCACUGCGUUAUCGACGAGCGAACAGACAUCUGGUCCCUAGGCUGCGUGCUGUACUGCAUGAUGUUCGGCGAGGGCCCCUAUGACCUCAUCUUCCAGAAGGGUGACAGCGUGGCUCUGGCAGUGCAGAACCAGAUCCGUGUGCCCGCCAACGGCAGGUAUUCCGCUGCCCUGGAGUGCCUGCUCUCCUCCAUGAUGGUGGUGAACCCUCAGGACCGGCCCCACGUCUCCCACAUACUUGACCAGCUGGAGGGGCUGCAGCCAGCACCAAGUGGCCAGGACACCACCCGGAUCUGA